AUGCCACCGCAAAGAUCAAAUGGAGUUAUACCAUUUGAAUGCCACUCACUAUUAAAAUGGGAAGUGGUGGGAAGCGCUGUGCCUCAGCCUGAGGCAGCUGUGCUCCGCCACAAAACGCCCGGGAGAACUUCGCCUCAGGGCACUUCGCCUCGAGGCGGAUCCCAGCGGGGCGCCGCGCGAGCCCCCGUCCCGCCGCGCGCUCCAGGUGCUGCCCUCAGCCCCCGGCCGGGCCCCGCCGCCCCGCGGAGGCCGCUCGAGGACCCGAGCAACGGUCCCGGAGGGGCGGAGCCGCACCUGAGCCCGCAGGGACGGUUCGAAGCAGCGAGCGGACUCCGGCUACUCCGCAGAGACACCGGCUCCCCCGGUCACCGAGGAGACGGGCGCCGGGCUCCGCCACACCGCACGGCGGCCACUGGCUGCUUGGAGCUGUCACUCAGCGCACUCACCCGGCAGGGGUGGCGGUCGGGUUCCCGGACAGAGAAAGGGGAGAGACAAUACCCAGCGCCAAAGAACUACAGCUCCCGGCGUGCUCCGCGAGCGGCCGGCUCCCUGCGGCCAUACGGAACGGGCCGCGCGGGGCAUGCCGGGAGUGGUAGUUCUUCCCCCUUCCCGAGCCGCCGAGCCUCCAGCGAGGAGGGCAGUGCGCAGGCGCGGGUUGGCCGCGCUCUUUCGAACGGAGCUGAGGCGGUGCUGUGGCGUUCUGCGCAGAAUGGAGCGUCCAAAGUGCAGAACUGUGCGCGGUUUUGUACAUUAGCUGUAGUUUUCUACCCUACGGGAAGCUGUGCCGUCCAGACAGCACAUGACACGAGCGACAAGUUCUAAAAA